AUGUCCACCAUGGUGUACCCUCGAGAAGAAGCCCUGGAGCGUCUUAGCCAGGACGAGAUCGUGGUUAACACCAAGGCCGUCAUGCAAGGCUUGGAGACACUACGUGGCGAGCACGCCCAGCUUCUCAACUCGCUCCUGGACUGCGCCCAGCCACACGCCGUGCAGGAAAAGUCCGGCGUGCUGCGGAAGAGCAUGGAAGCCAUCGAGUUGGGAUUGGGAGAAGCGCAGGUGAUCAUCGCGCUGUCGGGGCACCUGAGCGCCGUGGAGUCCGAGAAGCAGAAGCUCCGAGCUCAGGUGCGGCGUCUUUGUCAAGAAAACCAGUGGCUUCGUGACGAGCUGGCGGCCACGCAACAUAAGCUGCAGUGCAGUGAGCAGAGCGUGGCGCAGCUGGAGGAGGAGAAGAAGCACCUAGAGUUCAUGAACCAGAUCAAGAAGCUGGACGACGACGACUCUGUAGCCGCCUCGCCCUCUGAGGACAAGAACCAAAGCUCGGGUGGAGACACUUCUAAGGACAGCCUAGACGACUUGUUCCCCAACGACGACGAACACGGGGCAGCAGCUCAGCCGAGCGGCGAAGCGGCGGCGCAGCAGGGCGGUUACGAGAUCCCGGCCCGCCUCAGGACUCUCCACAAUCUGGUGAUCCAGUAUGCCUCUCAGGGCCGCUACGAAGUGGCCGUGCCGCUUUGUAAGCAGGCCUUGGAGGACCUUGAGAAGACAUCAGGGCACGAUCACCCCGACGUAGCUACGAUGCUUAAUAUCUUGGCUCUAGUCUACAGGGACCAGAACAAAUACAAAGAAGCGGCGCACCUCCUCAACGAUGCCCUCGCCAUCAGAGAAAAGACGCUAGGCAAGGACCAUCCGGCGGUAGCUGCCACCCUCAACAACCUGGCCGUCCUCUAUGGCAAGAGGGGCAAGUACAAGGAGGCCGAGCCUUUGUGCAAACGAGCGCUGGAGAUCCGAGAGAAGGUGUUGGGCAAGUACCACCCUGACGUGGCCAAGCAGCUGAACAACCUGGCGCUGCUGUGCCAGAACCAGGCCAAGUACACAGAGGUGGAGUACUACUACCGCCGCGCGCUGGAGAUCUACCAAUCCAAGUUGGGCGCUGACGACCCCAAUGUGGCCAAGACCAAAAACAACCUGGCGACGUGCUACUUGAAGCAGGGCAAGUUCAAGGAUGCGGAAACGCUUUACAAGGACAUCUUGACCCGAGCGCACGAGCGGGACUUUGGUUCCGUCAACAAUGACAACAAGCCCAUUUGGAUGCACGCAGAAGAGCGAGAGGAGAGCAAGGGCAAGCGCAAGGAGCCGGGGCCGUAUGUGGAGUACGGGAGCUGGUACAAGGCAUGCAAGGUGGACAGCCCCACGGUCAACACCACCCUCAAGAGUUUAGGUGCCCUCUACCGUCGACAGGGCAAACUAGAGGCAGCAGAGACGUUGGAAGAGUGCGCUAGCAAGUCCCGCAAGCAGGGCUUUGACGCCAUCAACCAAAGCAAGGUGGUGGAGCUCCUGAAGGACGGAGGAGGAGAGCGAGGCCGACACAGCAGGGAAGGGGGGAGCAAUUCCGGCGCGCCGAGGGGGGACGGCGAGGCCGACGACUCUGCAGAGUGGAACGGGGACGGAAGCGGCUCCCUUCGCCGCAGCGGCUCCUUCGGGAAGAUCCGCGACGCCCUUAGAAGGAGCAGCGAGAUGCUGGUGAAGAAGCUGCAAGGCAGCGGACCGCAGGAUGCGCGCAACCCAGGGAUGAAGAGAGCGAGCUCCCUUAAUUUCCUUAACAAGAGUACCGAGGAGGCGGCGCAGGAUGCAAACUCAGGCCUUUCGGACUGCCGGGGCCUCAGCGCUAGCAACGUGGACCUGACGAGACGCAACUCCCUAAUUGGCUAG